UUUGCUUCCGCUUCUUCGCCGUAUUUCCAAGAAAAUUUUUUAAAAAUAUAUAAAAUGGCUGCUGCUCAAUCGUCUAUGUUCCAUAAAAUCCCUGUACAUGAGGACGACCUGUCUUGUCCUGUUUGCUAUGAUGAGCUAGAUGAUCCCAAAUCUUUACCAGUUUGUGCACAUAUUAUAUGUAAGGUGUGCCUUGAAAAAAUGGCUGCCAAUUCAGACGAUCAGUUCAUCGAAUGCCCAAUUUGCAAGAUGAAAUCUAGGAUUCCUGAAGGAGGAGUGAAUGUAUUCCCUACAAGCCAUCUAAUGAAGAGAAUGGUGGAAACUAUUCCAGGGAGAAAAGAGAAGCUAGAGCUGGAAAAAGCGCUUAAGGAUUGUGAAGAUAAAUUGAACGAUGGAAAAGCGACUGUCGAGUCGAUAGAUAAACUAAUAGUUGAGGCAACCAAAAAACAUGCGAAGCGAGCACAAGAGAUUAAGGACGAGGUAUCAGAACAUGCUAGAAAACUAAAACGAGUUAUAGAAGAGCAGAAAAAUCGGCUGUUAUCCGAAGUAGACGAUACGAAAUGGAGUUUCGAGAUCUUAAGAUUAAAAAGGCGAAAGCAAAAACUUCUAGAGGGAAUCAAACAAGCAGAAGUUUGUGCGAAGAAUGUUCAGGAACAUUUGAAGAAUAACAGUCUGAAAGAUAUUCAAGAAUUGAAGCAAGUCUUGGUUAUCGAUCUUCAAGAUCAUUCUAGGAAAAUUCUUGAGCGUAAUAUAAGUAUAGAAGGCAUCGAGGGGGAUGAUACUCUAAAGUUUGAGAAAAACAUGAAAAUGUUUGCAGAGCGCAAUCUCCUGGGAAGUGUGAGUAAAUCCGUGAGGAAGGCAAAUGUAAACAAAGUCCAAAAAGCCGAAGAAGGACUUAAGAAUGACAAUUUCUUGACUAUAAAUCUUACAUUUGAGCCUUUAAGUAUCGCUAUUUCGAAAAGUCAUGAUAGAAUCAAUAUAGGAAUUCUUCGUAGUGAAGAGAAAAAGUUUGAUAUCUUCACAAUACAUGGAAAACACGUUAAGUCCAUACAACUCGAUUCAGCUCCAGCUAAUCAUUUAUAUGAUGCUUAUUUCUCCAUUGAAGAUGACAUUAUUCUUGUGCUGGAUCGCAUAGACAAACAAUUACUGAACUAUAGCCUCGAUGGACAUUGUAGGAAGUCAAAACGCUUAGAUGAAAAUGUAAAGUUUAUUUCAUUGGAUGAAAAUAACCGAAUAAUUUUGACAACGAGUCAAAACGAAGAAGCCAUCAAGCCGUGUAAAGUUCUGGUCUUCCACCCAGAUAAGGAUGAACUUCAGUUUAGAUUUGGUGAACGUAACCUUGAAAAUCCCUCUGGAAGAGCUGUGUAUCACAAAGAUAUCUUUUACGUACCCGAUAACUACAGCGAACUGAAGAUUUUUGAUCAAAAAGGUAAAUUUAUUCAAUGUGUCCUGUUGAAUGGGAUUAACCCUAAGGAUUAUAAUAUUUUUGCUAUUGACGUUUAUGAAGACUCAAUAAUUGCAUGCGACUGCAAAAAAAAACUUGUUAAGAUUUUUUCUAUUGUUGAGUUUUCGUUGAUUUCAACUUUGCAAAUCCCGGAUGCACCUUGGAUGUUUGAGGCAUUACCUACUACCACAUUUGAAAAAUCUAGAUUUGCAGUGAUUUAUGACGAAGUCUUGAGGCUUGAUAUUAUUGGGUACCGGUGAUGAAUCGCAGCAUGGGUCUUGUUGACACAGAAGGCGGGAAAUACCCAGUCUCUCCUAUACUAUUUACCACAGGACACCCAACUGAGACUAGUCUUAGUCUCCUAUGGUGUAUGUCCCAAACCGCAUCCCAUUCGAUCCGCUGGGAUUGAAAGUGUUUUAGGAUUGAAUUGAAUCAAGAAUAAAUUAAAUACUUCAUAUUCUCUUGAUUGAAUAUAUUACGCAAAUUUUCAGAUUGAAUGUAGAGAAGAAAUCCAGGUACAGUAAAAACCCGCGUAUAAGAACCYAAAAUUUAAGGACCUGUUAGGCUAAAAUUUCAUUUUUAAGCACCCGUCACAUAAGAACCAUUUUAGUCUAAAAUCCUAAAACAGGUUCUUAUUUUUAAAAAAAUAGAAUCAAUCUUUUCAAAAAUAUAUUUACAACACAGUCUGUACACAAUAAUGCUAUAAACACUAUAACUGUACAUGGUUACUGUAAAGAACAUGUCCUCAUUGAAUAAAAAAAUCCAAGUUAAAAUGAAACUGAGAUGAACCUUUGAUUUUAUGAAAUCACAGUACAUGAAUUUAAUAUUGGAAUACUGUACAGUCCAUUGUAGAACAAAGACCAGACUACAAAAUUACUACUUUAUUUCUUGAACAAAAGUUAAGAACCUAAUUUAACACUAAAUACCAUUUAUGUAAGAACCUGUUUAGGCUAACUUGAAAAAACCUAGGUUCUUAUACGCGGGUUUUUACUGUAUUGCAUUGAAUGUAUUUUGUACUGAAUUAUAUUCAUUGUGGAUUGUAUGUCAUAGAUUUGCAUGCGCAUAGACAUUGAAUUGAAUAAAUUGGGAUUAAAUGGAAUAAAUAUAA